CUGCUGCGUCCUGUCCACUGUCCACUCUCAUCCCACCCACCGCGCGUGGAGACGCUCUCCGCUCUCCGCUCUCCGCUCUCCGCUCUCCGCUCUCCGCUCUCCGCUCUCCGCUCCCCGACACCAAGACAUUCCCCGCACUGCAACACCAUGGGCGUCGCCGAAGAUCUCAAGGCUGACCUGCCUGUCGCCAUGACCAUGGCCGCCUUCAUGGGCGUGGCCUGGUACCUGUGCGUCGAGCUCAACAUCCGGCUGUGGUUCGCCUUUCUGCGCAAGCGGGGCCUCUACUUCUGGGCGUGCUGCGUGGCCUCGUGGGGCGUCUUGACGCAGCCGCUGUUCAUGGUUCUCGUCGACUUCGACCAAGUCACCAAUCCCUACGCCGGAUUGACCCUCAUUUACAUCAGCUGGUUCAUCAUGGUCAUCCCGCAGUCCGUCGUCCUCUACUCGCGGCUGCACCUUGUAAUCGCCAACCCGGACCUCCACCGAUACGUUCUCUACAUGAUCUGCUUCACCACCAUCUGCAUCGCCCCACCCACAAUGGGCCUCGGUAUCGCCUCGCAAGGCUCCGGCGACCCCCGCCUCAUGGCCGCCAACAAAGUCUGGGACAAGGUCCAGGUCACCAUCUUCUUCGUGCAGGAAACCAUCAUUUCCAUCCUAUACAUCAUUGAAACCCGGCGCGUGCUGGAGAACCGCGCAACGCUCGGCGAGACGGACAAGUCCGUGCGCAACGUCAUGCACCACCUCAUCUACACCAACAUCCUCGUCGUGUGCCUCGACAUCGCGCUGCUGGGACUCUCCUACUCGCAUUUCUUCUACGUGCAGUCCGCCUUCAAGCCGUGUGUGUACGGCGUGAAGCUGCGCGUCGAAUUCUCCAUCCUCAAUCGCCUCGUGCAGUCCGUGCGCGGGGGCAGCUCAUACAAUUCGCACUCGCGGUCCGCCAAGGAUAAUGGCGGAAGCAAGAAGGAGGGGGAGAGCCGGUGGAGGUCGACGCCCCGACACGACGUCAGGCUGGAGACGUACUCCAACACGAGCGAGGUCAACAUCGUUCCCCCGAGCGUCCACCGCAGCUCCUCCCCUACGAGCAGCCUCAAGCUGGAGCCGUACGGGAAGGACGGGAUUUUGCAAACGACGCAGAUAUCGGUGACGCAGAACAAGCGCGAUGAUGAGGAGAAGAGGGUGUAAAACAGAUGAACGAGUUGGCGAUUGUUUUUUUUUUCUAUGUUGCCAAUCUUCCUAGGCUUAGCGUUACUGCAGCGCAUCAUACGAGGUGUUGGGAAUUUUCUAGGUUGUUCCCCUGUGCGGAAUAGAGAAUAAGGACUAGGGAAUAUGGAGGAGUGUAGGAUAUUUCUUUUACAUUUACGAGACCAUGUACUUCCUCAUAAGUUUGGCGGUUAGCGAUUUUCUUAUGAUAUCCAAUACGCUACAUAUUCAUUUUGUUCACACAUCCUACACCCUCCAGAUAGCCUUAGCUUUCUGAUUGUGUUCCAAUUCUAGCC